CGACCUUUACCUAAACCUCAUUCCGGGACCUCGGCUUCGCCCUGCGCUUACCUUCGGAAUCUGCAUUGGGCUCCCUUACGAAAGUUCUCCGGCUCGACCACAGCGGAUGCGCAUUGAAAUAGGCAAGCCACCUCCCGCACAUUGUUGAAGGCCUCCGGCACCCCUUUCACAUAUUCUCCUGAUGGCUUCCAUUUCGAGAUUGUCUUCCAGACUGAUGGCUUCGAGCAAGUCGAACGGCGCCUCGCAGAGGCUGGCCGCAAUUAGUCGCCAGUUCUCCAGUUCGUCUGCGUCGAAAUUCGAAGUGAAGAAGCUCGGGGUUGUUGGUGCUGGACAGAUGGGCCUUGGAAUCGCCCUCGUUGCAGCCCAGAAAGCCCAAGUGCCAGUUACGUUAGUGGACAACUCACAAGCAUCCCUUGAUAAAGGACUCGCAUUCGCCGACAAAAUACUCGCGAAAGAUGUGUCGAAACAAAAGAUUACCGAAGAGGUUGCAAAAGCUACAAGAGACAGAUUAAAGACCUCUACACAGUUGUCGGACCUCUCGGACGUCGACAUGGUCAUUGAAGCUGUGCCCGAGAUAAUAUCAUUGAAAGAGAAGAUCUUCGCCGACCUGGCGCAGAUAUGCCCCAAACAUGCGAUCCUAGCCACCAACACGUCAAGUAUAAGCAUAACCAAGAUUGCCCGCGCCACGUCGAAGGACCCUACAGAUACAUCAGCGUCAUCACGGGUCGUGUCGACGCACUUCAUGAAUCCUGUCCCCGUACAAAAGGGCGUCGAAAUCAUUUCUGGUCUGCAGACAUCGAAAGAAACUCUAGCGGCGGCAGUUGCAUUCUGCGAGAAGAUGGGGAAGAUCGCCUCUGUGUCGCAGGAUGUGCCGGGUUUUCUUGCCAACAGGAUCCUCAUGCCUUAUAUCAAUGAAGCGAUCAUCUGUCUCGAGGCUGGUAUCGGCACGAAAGAGGACAUUGAUAGCAUCAUGAAGAAUGGGACGAAUGUGCCUAUGGGUCCCCUGACCCUUGCCGACUUUAUUGGCCUUGAUACCUGCUUGUCUAUCAUGGAAACCUUACAUGCCGGUCUUGGAGACAGCAAAUAUAGGCCGAGUGUGCUGCUCAGGCAAUACGUGGAUGCUGGCUGGUUGGGUAAGAAGAGCGGCAAAGGAUUUUACGACUACAAGUAGAUUGAACAUUUGGAAUGCGUUGUAGACUACAGUACCUGGACGGCGAAGGUGUAGCAAAAGGUAUACCCAAAUCGAUAACAUUGGUCGUUCUGUGGUCCGAUGUCUCAUCG